AUGAGAAACUUGAAAGAUGACAUGGUUCUUGAAGUGAUCUCGCUCAUGGAAUCUUGUAGUGGACUUCUUUUACUUCACUUUGAAAUACAUAAUACCUAUGGUGUAUUCAACCCUAUUACGGGAGAAUUUCAACUUGUGCCCAACAACCAACAUGGUGGCCCGAUUGGUUUGGCUGUGGAUUCAAGCACUCAAUCAUAUAGAUUAGUAGCUGUUGACGUGAAACAAAACCUUACCAAUUGGGAGAAGAAAGUGUUUAAAUUCAUGACAUUUACUUCAAGUUCGUGCAUGUGGGAAGAAGCCCAUGAAGAAGAACUCGUUUGUGAACUACCUACUUUUCUAACUAGAAACGCUCUACCUAUUUUCUUGCGUAACUCUAUGAAUUGGCUUAUAAACGAUGGGAGCAUUCUUGCUUUUGACCUGGAAAGGCGUCGUGCUAGAAUCAUUAAGGGACCGAAUAAAACAACUGUUGAUGUGAAGUUUGAGUACGAUGUAUGGUUUGGAGCUGUCCAAGAUUCUCUUGUAUUUGUACGUGCUUUUGAAUCUGAAAUUGUGAUAUAUGUUUAUGAUUGUGUACAAAAAAAGUGGCAAAUUUUGCAUACAAUCGAAAACAUUAGUAGAGGAGAAGGAAACUAUUUCACGCAGAAUGCCUCCAAGGGGGCGCAAGCACAGAGUACUGAAAGAAAUGUUUAA